ACCUGAGCCAAAGUCAGACGCUUAACUGACUGAGCCACCCAGCUGCCCAUAAAAUAGUGAUUCUUCAUAUAAGCUCUGGGAGGAAGGGCCAUGACAGAAUCAUUUAAGAGGUUUUUAAAAGAAUCUCUGUGUUACUCUCUUCCCAAAACACUGCACCAUUGAGGGUUUGAUGCUUUGUUCAAGGGGUACUUGACUGUCUCAGUUGCAUAUAACCCCCACUGUGAAUCAUCAUUACUAAUGGAAUGAUAUUCCUUAACUCUUUUGAGGGUAGAAGAGUGUAGGAAACCACUGAAGUAAAAGAAAGAGCAGAAGUUUUGUUGUCAGACGUAUCUAGUUUUAGAUCCUGGUUCUUGGUAGGAGAGUCAAAAACUAGGAAUCACUGUGUUUGUUUAACAAACCCUUUACUCUGUGACCACGGGCAAAGUCCUUAUUCCUCCCUGAUCCUCAACUUUCUCAUUAGUAAGAAUUGGCAAAAUAAUACACAACACAUAAAAUAUUUGUAAAAAUUGAAUGAAGAAAUUUUUUAAAACUCAUACCACAGAAGCUGGCACAUUGAUAGGCACUCUUGAAAUAUUACUUCCUUUUGUGCUGGGUCUCAAAUAGUCAUUUAAUUCUGUCUCCUACUCUUCCCAAGUGAAUACACAUAAAUAGAACAUUUUUCAAAAGAUAACUUUAUUGCCAGACAACACUACACAUGACAGAAAGAAAUUGCACUGUGUAGUUUUCUGAGGGGAAAAAGUCAAAGUUUUAAGUGGCUAGAAAGGAAAAGAAGAAAGAAUGGCUGAUGGAGGUAAUGGUAACUAAUGAUUGAAGAUUGAAAAUGAGCUCAAAGGCUAGGGGAAAUGAAUCCAUAGGUCUGUACACCAUUGGUUAACCAAGUCUCAUUAUUCUUUGGCCUGGAAAAAAUCUCUACUUACAUUCAUCUGACUUAGCAAGUUUAUUAAGAUCAUGGUUCUUUCAGAGCACUAAUGCAAAAGCAGUUGAUGUAAAAUGCAGUAUUUAGUGAGUAAUGCUACAAAUCCAAAGUUUUCAUUUAUACCCCCUCUUUCUAUGUGGGAAUCCAUUGGUAAUGCAGAAGGAAGGGCUCAUCCAACUUCUAGAUGGUAAACAAACACAUACACCCAAAGUCCAGCUGCUAUGGAUCAGUGCAGUUAAUCAACAACAAAUUGAACAAAAUGCAGUCAGCCAUAAUUGCAUAUUAAUUAAGAUAAAACUUGUAUAAAAGAAUAGUUAUAUGUUAAAUUGAGAAAUUUCUCUUAAAAAUUGUAUUUACUAAAUCUCCUUCAUUACUUUACUAAAUAAAGGACUCUUUAUUUGAGAAGAAUUUUAGCUGGAAAGUAUUACUUUCUCUAACUUACCAACCCAUUACCCUUACCCAAACACCUGUCUCAGUGUAACCUUUGCCAUAAACCUUUAUAAUUUGCAUAUUUGUAGCUCUUGUAUUUAUCUUGUUUCAUAAAAGAUUUCAAAAUUUAUAGAAUUCCUUUAGCACCUUCCUCUUUUCAAGGCAGGGGCUGUUGAUGUGUACAUAUGUGCCCCCACAAUAUGAGCUCUUUGAAAUCAGAAAACGUAUUUCAUUUUGGCCUUCCCAGCAACUAACACCAUGUCAGUCACAUUGAAUGAAGACAGCUACAUCGAUGCUGGAUGCUGGUAUAGGAUUUGAAUGGGACUUGACAGAAUGGAGCUUAGAAAGCUAAUCAUGAGCAAGUCAAAGAAUCCCUGAGCAGUAUUAGUUGAUGUUUGGGACCACUGUUAGAUUUUCCUCCUAGGAUUUCAAUAUAAAUUGUAGAAAUACGAAAUUAUCAUGGGAGGCUUUCUAUGAAGAAAAAAUCAAAUCACAUGAUUUAUUAAUUCUCAUUAAUAUUUUGAUUUUGUCUUGUUUUACUUAAACUCUAUAGAUACGAUUUUCUGUCAAGAUGGACAGUAAACAGACUUGAAGUGUUAUCAAGUAAUUGAAGUAUUGAUUAUACUUUAGUCCACAUGUCCUGUAUAUCAAAAUCCUCUCAACUUUAUUGAAGGAUUUAUUAUGUCCAAAAUAAAUCUGUGUCCCAGAUGAACUAAGUAUGGAAAGAGAAGCUGAUGUCAGUGCCUUCCCUGGGUGUGGCUAGAUAAGACAGAUACAAGUAGGUAAAAAAGGAUCUAAGUCCUAGAAGUUCAAGAAUUUUUUUGAAUAAAAUUAACAGUGACACUACAUGGACAUGACCAGCUCCUAUGGAUUUCCCCUUCUCGUUAAUUUGCAGAGUUAAGAAUAAAGACCUCAGAGCCUGAGGAUCUAGGCUAAAAUGAUAGCUUUGGAAAUAUGUAAUGAAGUGAUCUUGGGAAAGAAAGAAACUUUUCAUAGUCUUAGUUCUUACAUUCCACUGUUGAUAUGAGAGCUAAGUAAUAUAAUAUAUUUAAAGUGAUAUGGGGAUUAUGUCACAUAUUUUAAACUUGGCAUGAAAUUUACUUGCUCCACAAGAAAAUGCUUCUGGAGUUUGAGCACUUAAACUCUUGGGUCCCUUAGCAAUCCAAACUACUUACAUUUUGUGAUCCUACCAUUUUAAAAGAUGGUUUGAGAGAGGGAGUCAAACUGUAAGAGAAUCUUAACUCUGGAGAACAAACUGAGGGUUGCUAGAGGGAGGUGGGCAUUAAGGAGGGCACUUGUGAUGAGCACUGGGUGUCAUAUGUAAGGGAUGAAUCACUGAAUUCUACUCCUGACACCAGUACUACACUAUAUGUUAACUAAUUUGAGUUUUAAUAAAAUCUUGGAAGCAAAACAAAAACAAAUGUUUUCCAGGUCUUUGGAUCUUACUUAACUACUUCUGUCUGGAAAUGACAAAUGACUUUCUAUCAGAUCCUUUUUACCAGCACUAGCCCCAUAACCUCACUUAACCUCAAGAGAAGGGAUCUAAAUAUUACAGGGGUAUUUAGUGAACAAUAAGUGUCUCUAACACUGCUACUUGAUUUUGUAUGACCUUGACAAGUUACUUAAUCUUCUUAAUUUCAGGUAUUUAUCUGUAAUCUGAGACUAAUUGAAGACUGGGACAAGUGAGGUUUUAAUGUGCACUCUUAAGAGGACUCUGUACUGAUUUCACUCCAUACUGUUGAAUGAGCUUGCACAAGUUUCUGAACUUUGUCUCAGUUUCUCUCUCUCUCUCUCAUGUGACAAUACUUUUGAACUUUAAAUAAGUUUUAAUUGUUUUAGUACACUUUCUUGGAUCAGAGUAAGUAGUCAAAAACUGUUAGCUCUCUCCAUGAUUAUUAUAUAAUUUUAACAUGAUUAUUAUUCACUGGUAAUUUUAAUUGUAGCAAGACAAUAAAAGUAAUACAAAAUAUGUAUGACCAUAUCUAUAUUACUUUGCAAAAGCUCUCAAUACUUUUCAAAUAUUUGUUGGUUCUCCCCAACUCUGAGAUUUGUUAUUUGAAGCAUAUACUGAGUUUCUUAUAUUUGAUCAUGGCCUAUUCUUUAGUAGUUACUACACCUAGUAACUGUGCAAUACAUGUUUGUUUACUGACUUGACUAGCAAGAUAAUAAAGGCUGUUGGAUAUGAUAAAAUUUGCAACAGAAGAGUUCUUUGUACUUGUUACUAAGUUUAAUGAGUAAACUUAGUAACAGGACAGCCAAUGAAAUGACAGACUAAGCAGUGGAAUUUGUGUUCAGGAAGUUAGAUGACACUUUAUGAGGGUGCCAAAACGUGGGUGUAAUUUUCAGCCACUGAAUAUUUCAAGUGUAUUUGCCGUGUCUCCAAGUCAAAAGAGCAGAUGAGAACCAUCAUGGGAAGAAAGACCAUUUUACUUGUGAUUAUGGGGGUUCUUGGGGCAUAUUAUGUUUAUAUACCUGUCCCAGAUAACAUUGAGGAGCCAUGGAAACUAAUGUUGGUUAACACAUAUAUGAAAACUUUAACAGAUUUGGUUCUGUUUAUUGAACUAUUGGGAAUCAACCAUGCCAUGAACAUUGUAAUGUUCUUUAUGAGCUUUCAAGAAGUCCCACCCACAUCUGAUGAAAAUGUCACUGUGAUGGAGACAACUUUCAACAAUGUUCCUGUCCGCAUAUAUGUACCAAAAUGAAAGCCGGAGAGACUAAGAAGAGGCUUAUUUUAUAUUCAUGGUGGUGGUUGGUGUUUGGGGAGUGCUGCUUUGUUUAGUUAUGCCUUUCUGUCAAAACAGACAGUGGAUAGAUUUGAUGUUGUUGUCAUUUCAGUCAACUACAGACUAGCCCCUAAAUAUCACUUUCAUCAAUUUGAAGACGUAUAUAAUGCAUUAAAGUGGUUCUUACACCAAGAUGUUCUUGAUAAAUAUGGUGUGGAUCCUGAAAGAAUUGGAAUUCCUGGAGACAGUGCUGGAGGGAAUUUAGCUGCAGCAGUGACUCAACAGCUCAUAGAUGACUUGGAUGUCAAGAUCAAACUCAAGACCCAGUCUUUAAUUUAUCCUGCUCUUCAGACUCUUGAUAUGGAUUUACCAUCAUAUUGGGAAAAUUCACACUUUCCACCUCUGCCCAAAUCACUGAUGGUCCGGUUCUGGAGUGAGUACUUUACCACGGACAAAUCACUUGCAAAAGCUAUGCUCUUCAAGCAACAUGUACCAGUGGAAUCAAGCCAUCUGUUCAAAUUUAUUAAUUGGAGUUCUUUGCUCCCUGAGAAGUUUAAGAAAGGGCACUUUUAUAACAGUCCAACUUAUGGUAGUUCUGAGUUGGCUAAAAAAUAUCCAGGAUUUCUCGAUGUGAGGGCAUCCCCCUUGUUAGCUGAUGACAACAAAUUGCGAAGUUUACCCUUGACAUAUGUCAUCACCUGUCAAUAUGAUGUCUUAAGAGAUGAUGGAAUCAUGUAUGUCACCUGACGUCAGAAUGCUGGAGUUCAGGUGACCCAUAACCAUAUUGAGCUCCAUGGAGCACUUUCCAAUUAUGCACUUAAAAUUACACAUAGAGUAGAAAAUCAGUAUAUGAGUUGGCUAAGCGAAAAUCCAUAGUAAAAAUCUGAGGAGGGGUCCAUAAAAUAUAUAUAAGCCCCAGAAUAGGAAACUACUUAGAAUCAAAGGUUAUGUUUGGAUUGAUGUUUAUCAUCUGUGACCUUUCUAAAGUCUUCAUAGCCAUCAUGUUGUUUGUUUUUUAACUCAGGGAGUUCUCUAUUUCUUGUCCUAAGUGUUGUUUAUUCACUUCUGUACCUUAGAAAAUAUUUACUUUCCUGUAUAUUCUUUUCUUGCUGCUGUUACUCAUUUCUUUAGCUCUAAUUCACAGCUCUAGUUUUUUUUGUUUUUUGUUUUUAAUAUUUACUUUAUUUUUGAGACACAGAGCAUGAGCAAGGGAGAAGCAGAGAGAGAGAGGGAGAUAGCACAGCUUCACCUGAGCCAAAGUCGGAUGCUUAACCUGACUGAGCCAUCCAGGUACCCCACAGCUCUAGUUUUUUGAUUGCCUGACAGUAUUACUAUUGAGAAGAAAGUUUCAACACAUCUGGCUUGUGAAAUGCCAGAGCUUCAACUGACAUGGGUUUAGGGCCUUGAAAUGCUGCCUUGUAGGCACUAAGACAGUUAAAUAAUACCAUUUCAAAAAGGAGAGCUCUUUUCAAUGCUAAAAAUAUCGGAUUUUUCUAAUCUAUGAAAUUAUUAAAUAAACUUACAUAAGUUUAUAUAUUCAGCUUUGUCUUCAAUAGUGUAGUAGCCAAGAUGUCUGAAGAAAACCUUAAAGUACAUACACCUCAACCUGCUGCAUGAAAUAAAUAACAAAUCUUUACAAAUCAUGAAUGGUUGAGUGAAAAGUAGAGGAAUGUUCAGGGGAAAAAACGUUAAGAAGGUGCAAACCCAGAUUCCUACCUGAGAUUUAUCUCUGACAUUGUAAGUGACACCUACCUCUAUCAGGUGGCCUGAGGUGGUGGGAGAUAUUUGCAUCAUCGCCCAAUGAUAGGCAAAUAAUUUUCUUUAAUCAGGCAGUUCUUAAAUCUAUUAUCCUGUCUUAAAGUGUAGAUUUUAUUGUUAUUAUAGUAUGGUGAGGCAAACAGAUCAGGAGGUGACUCCCGUUGGAAAGUUUGUUACUCACAGGUGCCAGAGGCGUGAGUAUGAUACUUCAUGAGGGGACCACAUGGGGAAGCCCCAGAGUUGGUCUGAAGGCAGAGAGAGCAAGGGGAAAUGUGAGUGAAAAACUCUUGUGAUUUCCACGGGAAUAGGCAAGGCAGAGUAAGCAGGGCAAGUAAGCAGAGUAAGUAAGAUUGGGCAGCAUGAACAAUUUCAGUGGACUUUGAGGUACUGGGGCUAUUUCUGUUUGUCUGGUACCUGGUCCUGAGGUGAUUUGACUAAAGGGGUAAUAGUUGUAGGAGACUGGGUGGGUAAGGGUUCUUGAUUGGUUUACAUAUGAAUGGCACACUCACAGGCCAGUUGGAUGCUUAUCUCUAGGCAUUAGCUGACCCAGAGAGGGACAGUCCUUUCCUGGUCAGCAAGUCCUCAGAUAUCAAAACACCAAAGUAUUAGAAAAUAAAAAGAUACCUUAAUACAAAUCCCAAAGGAUGCCACUGGGUAGCAAUAUUUGAGUUCUAUUAGAGACUCCCUCUGCAGUUGUCCAAGUAGUGUGUGCCUCCAAAAUGAUUCAUGCAGGUACUACAAAAAAUUUUUUAAACACUUCCAAAUACAUCAGAGUUCUAUUUCAAAGUUUUCUUAACUUCUGAAAAAAUAAGAUAUGAAAACAUAACUUGCAAAAGAAUCAGAAAACAAAAACUCUCACUUUUUAAACGUGUAUGUGGGAAGAUAGAUAUAUAGCUAUAUAUGAAAUAUCAUACAGUCUAGAGGACACAGCUAAUCCUGUUGCAUUGAAAGGAAAUUUCAGUCUCAUACACCAAUCACAAUAUGGUAGAAAAAAAAGGCUUAAACUUGAACUCAAGAUGUUAGGAAGAAAUUACAUAAACCCAAGAAAAUUAAGGAGAAAGAAUUACCAAAUUUUAAAAAAAAUUUUUUUUUCAACAUUUAUUUAUUUUUGGGACAGAGAGAGACACAGCAUGAACGGGGGAGGGGCAG